AUGCCCAUCCCAAUCAUCGCCCAGGGCCUUCGGGAGGGCAUCUCCUCCAUUCCAUAUGCCUGGACAAUCAUCAAAUAUGCGCCAUGGCUGCUGGUCCUAGCCGUCCUGAAGUGGUUCUUCGAAGGAGCCCGCAACACAUCGGAACGAAUGAUGCGGUCCAAAGUAAUCAUGGUGACAGGCGGCACAUCCGGCAUAGGAGCAACAGUAGUCCGCGAACUGGCCCUCCGCGGUGCCCAGGUCAUCCUCCUAACCCGCCAACCACCAUCAGACCUCUUCCUAAUGGAAUACAUCGACGACCUCCGCGCAACAACAAACAACCAACUCAUCUACGCCGAACAAGUCGACCUCUCCUCCCUCCACAGCGUCCGCACCUUCGCCACAAAAUGGAUUGACAACAUCCCACCCCGCAGACUAGACAGCAUAAUCCUCUGCGGCGGCAUCGCAGAGCCAUCGCACGCCCGCGGCCCAACCCUAGACGGCAUCGACCGCGAAUGGCAGGUCAACUACCUCGCAAACUUCCACCUCCUCAGCAUUCUCAGUCCAGCCCUGCGCGCUCAACCCGCCCACCGCGACGUGCGGGUCAUCUUCGCCAAUUGCUCCAGCUAUAUCGGAGCCGAUUUCUCCCAGCUGGAGGGCAUGGCAAGGCCCAAGCCUCGCACUUCCAAAUCCAAAGCUCAGGACGUGGUCCCGCCCCCCAAGAAUGUCUACGCCCUCGCCAAGCUCUCCCUCACUAUCUUUGCGCAUUCCUUCCAGCGCCAUUUGAACUCCUACAAACGGCCCGAUAGCUUGCCGCCCUGCACGCGCGUCAUCAUGGUCGACCCCGGUCUGUGUCGGACACCGGGUACGAGACGCUGGCUGACGGGCGGCUCGCUGUGGGGAUUGGCUUUGUAUCUUGUUACCUGGCCGGUUUGGUGGCUGGUGCUGAAAUCGCCGCAGCAGGGUGCGCAGAGUAUACUGUAUGCAUCUAUGGAAGCGGAGUAUGGACGUGGAGAUGGUGGGUGGUUGAUUAAGGAGUGUCGGGAGGUGGAUUAUGCGCGGAGUGAUGUUAAAAAUGAUGAGAUUGGGAAGAAGCUGUGGGAGUUUAGUGAGAAGAUGAUUGAAGAGGCUGAGAAGGAUAGUGCUGUGAGACGGGCACUUGAAAAGAAGAUCGAGGAGGAGGCUGAGAAGGUUAGAGUGCAGAAGGAGGAGAAGAAGGCCCGCGAGGAGGAGAGUUCGAAGAAGGGGAAGAGUGAUGGGUCUAGGAGGAGUCGGAAGGGGAAUGGGACUAAAUAG